AUGUUGAUGUCAAUUACGAUUUUCCUGACUUCACUUUUUAUGUUUGUUGUGCAACAAGGAGCAUCUUCACCAAUAUCCAGUGGUUUUAGACGCGAUGAUAUAAACGAAACUACUGCUGAAUGUGACGCAUGUAUGGCAGGUAUGGAUCUAGUUCAUUACAUCGUUUCCGAUCAAUACUGGGUCGAGACUUAUGUCAUUGUAGGAAGGGAAUUGUGUGAGACUAUCCCACCAGGAACAUUUCAGAAUGCUUGUAAGACAUACGUUAACACAUACCUGCCACAUGCUCUGACCGCGAUGGCUGCUGCAAUUCAACCACAAUUUAUUUGUCACGUAUUACAAGCAUGUAAAACUGCCAAAGAAACUGUCAACGUGAAAGGAGAUUUAGGGCAUAAUGUUUUUUGCGAAGAAUGUAAACUAGGCUAUAAAAUGAACCAAAGUGUAUUAAAACGCUCAAUACGUACGUCGAUGAAGCAAAAACCUACAUUAAAACAUACAAAGCAGAUCAGAUUUGUUAUAAAAUUUGCGCUUUUGCACCACUUCUAUUGUAAUUGCCUGAAUAAACAACUGUUACAUAUUACUACUAAACGUAAAGAAAUCAGUUUCAAAGGUGGAAUUUUUUCUCAUUAUCUGAAAAGUGGUAAUAAAUGAUAAAUGAGUAUAACGUGAAUGACUUCGUUUUGCUUUUUAUUUUGGGUAGCCAAAAAAUGAAUAUUUCAAGUGAUACUUAAAGUGUAGCAUACAAUUUGUGUUCUAAAGAAAUUUACACAAAAUUAAACAAAUUUUACUCUGGUGAAUUCUUCAGUGAAUAUCCUUUGAUCGGUAACAUUCUACAGUACAUCAGUAUGUGUAUAUUGGACAUAUUUAAGGCUACUUUUCCAAUGAAUCUCUUCAAUGUCUGAAUAAUAAGUCUUUACCUAAAUAAACCUGUUCAUGUUGUUCAUUGUCUGUACCAUCUGUACUUUCCUCAUCAUAUUCAUGAAGAUGAUGUGAAAUCACCUUGGUUGAACUUAAUCUGAAUUCAUUUUACCUUCUUUAUGCAUUUGAGAGUGAAGAUCUAGCUCAUUAGUUUAGAAAACUGACUGUGAACUAAUGAGUCACAAGUUGAAAUCACUUCACCUGCAGACAUUUAAACAGUCAGGCUUUAUUACUAGUUCUCAUACAACCAAUGUACCCAAUUUCUUAGCGCUUACGCCUAUACCUUACCAUCCAGUUAUCAUAUUAUGAUAUUCAGUGGGAAUAUAACUUAACUGGUUCAUCAGGAUGUAAAAUAUCGAUUUCAAACAGAUAUAUGGAGACGUGAUAUGAGUAGACCAUUUUAGUUUUCGAACACAUAACGAAAUAAGAUGAAUUAUUUAAGUGAAAUAACCUCCUACUCUAACUUUACAUACACCUAUAUAACUGCAAAUGAAUUCAGUUCUAGGUGAAUACCUUAAAGAUUCUUGAUGUUCAUUACAGUGAACAUUUAUUGUCACCCUGGUUGUGUUAAACCACUGCUUCUCUGCUAUCAAAUGACCGAACAAGUUAAAAAAAUCCAUAUGCGUUUGUCUUCUUGAUGAGAUGUUUACAAGACAAGCUUAAACAGAGCUUGUAAUGGGUCACUCACUAAUGGACAACGUUUAAGUACUGGAAGCCAAUAAGUCACUAUAGAAAUCUGAUCAUAUCUCUAAGAAUCACAAGAAAGAUAGAUAAUCAAUUCAAAUCUGCUAGGAGACGAGAUUUCUUUUCUUAUCACAAUUGAUGUUCUCUUCAUUUUGCGAACCAAUAAAAGGUGACAAUUCUGCAAAGGGAUUACAUGCGUGAUGAUAUUCUUAGUAUAUAUGGAACUAUGAAACAGAAUUCAGUCAUUUGCUAACGCUAGAAGACUUAUCAUUAAACAGUCAGUGAAGAAUGACUUGUGUACCAACGUGUUGGCUACAAUUCUUCUGUCUUUAUAUCUACUCCGAUAAUUCAACUGACAAAAAAUAUCUUGUUUGAUCAUUUCCACUGGAAUACAUAAGUUCAUUUAGUCUCUUUGACCAAGGCGUAUAAGUGUUCAAUGAGAGUUCAGAUGAAAACUUUUCUGAAAUGUUAUCUUGUAUGCUUAAAAUCGACUAUCAAUAGAGUUGAAAAGUGUCUUUCAACUGUCAUACGUUUCACAACUUUAAUGAUAAUUGAAGCAUGUAGAUAAUUCUUGUCUCUGUAAACAAGCGAAGGCUGUUCUAUCCCCUCCAUAGUCACUUCUAAAUCAUUCCACUUUUAUAUUUUAUUUCCAUCUUUCGCAUCUUCCUUCUAUUUACAUAUCUUUCAGUGCUCUUUCCAAACCUGUCAUGUUAUUCACCUUCUUUUUCGCUGUAUUAACCUUUAUCUAUUCUGAGUUUCUGUCUUUCUUCAACAUUCAUAAGAAAACAAAUUACUUUAUGAUAUGAAGACUAACGGUCUAUUGUGAGUUUCAAACUGACUGUAUAUUUCCAGCAACAAAUUGCAUGUACUUUCAGUUGUAUGGAUUUGUGAAUGAAGCUUUUAAAAGGGGUUUUCUUUGCUCAAAGUACUUGUCUUUCUUAUAAAUUAUUUCGAUGAGUAUUUUCCAUCUAGAUGAAG